UUAAUCUGGCAAUGCUGUAGCGUCCGCCAUGAAAAGAAAAAUAAAUUUCGCUGUCGUAUUGAGAAAAAAUUGUACAAAAAUUUACAUUUUUCUGCUUAUUAAAUGCACAUAAAGUAAAGUGAAAAUGUUAUAAAAAACUUUAAUAAACAGUAUAUUAUUAAAAAAUUAUAAAUUUCAUAGGAUUGUGCUAAAAUUAAAUGACGAAAAUAUGAAGAGAAAAUUUGUGAUUGCAACGCGAACAGACUUUUUGCGAAUGAAAAUUUUUAUUGGGAAGUGGUGGUUUUGUGUGUAAUUGGAGUUUUUUGCUUCAUAUUGAUAAUUCAACAAAAAUUGUUUUACUUGGAAGAAAUAGAUAAUUCUAUUAUAAAUUGAUAAAAAAGAACUUAAGAAAAAAAGCAAUUAAAAAUAUAUAAGUUUAUAAUAAAGUUGAACCGACGGAAUAAAUUAUGGUGGUCUCCAAAGACUCCAAGCGAAAGCGCAAGGAGUCGUCACCACCAGCGACACCACAGCAACAAUCAUCUACUGCUGUAGAGUCAUCACCAGAAAUGCCCAAAAGAACUAAAGUUCAAGCUCAACGCAAGUUUGCACAAGGACAGAGUGCACCGCAAUCAUCAUAUAGUUCCAUUAUCGCAGCUUCAUCCUCAUCUAAUACUGGGCCAAGUACUUCAUCAGAAAGUCGUGAGCCACCAACGGAGAUUUUGCCCAAUAAACGGCCAAAGACAGAAGAUUUUUUAACAUUUCUAUGCUUUCGUGGUUCCUCGGCUUUGCCACCACACUUGGAUUUUCUAAAUCAGGGUAAAAGUAAAGAACCUGAAAGACCGACAAAAAAGCCGGCUAUUAAACCAGUGAUUAAAAAGAAAGGAAAGAAAGGCCGACCACCGAAGAAUGCUAAACAAAAAGAAGAUAAUUUAACGGCUAAAGAAGAAGAUAGUGGGCCAAAUAAAAAAGAUGAAGUCGUGCCAGAAGAAACCCAAACAAAGACAAUUGAAAAUGAAGAACAAAAUAAAAAUCCCGAAAAAGCACAAGUUGAGGUGGCAGAAGGGGAUGACGCUGAUGAGGAGGAAGACAACGAUGUACCCACUUUCGCUGUGCGUAAAAGAGCAGAAGUUGUAGCUGACGGCAAUCGUCGCAGUAACCGCAGUAACGCUGAAGAAAAGUGCAAUAAUUCUACAGAGACUUCAAAAAGGCGAUCAAAUCGUGCAAGUACAAAAGGAUCAAAAGUUAUGCUUGAUCAUCUAUCAGAAGAUGAAGAUGACGAAUACUUCUCAGCGGUCGAUGAAAACAGCAAAGCUCUUAAUUCGGAUGUAGAUGGUAAAGAACGAAAAAUUACAAAAACUCCUGUAAAUUCAGGAAGAAAAUCUGAAACACCUUCAAAAGAAAGUGAAACUACAGGAAAAUCACGAAAAGGAAGGCCUACUUCAAUCAAUAAGAAAAAAGAAACAGAGAGCAGCAAAGAGACAGAAAAAGAAGAAUCAGUUAAAUCAGAUGUUAAAGAGAAGGUCCCGGUUAAACGUCCUAGACAAAAGGAAUCACCAAUUUUUAUACCUUCGCCAGAACCAUCUGGGCGUAUGACUAGACAAAGAGCAUUUUUUGAGCCUGUUAAGGUGCCUCAUAGAGAUAAUGAAGACACACAGGAUGAAAUAAAAAAAGAUGAUAUAGAAGAAUCAGUUGAUAAAUUAAAUAAAGUCAAGUCCACAGACAGUUCUACUGAUAAAGUCAAUGAAUCAUCAAAAGCAAAAGCCACAGAUAAAGAUGAGAAAACUAUACCAAAACAACCGGUUGUCGGUGAUGAUAAAAACAAACCAACGCAAUUAGAUGUGUUUGAUUUUUCGUCUGAUGAUGAACAACCUUUGGCUAAAACGAUUAAAUUAAAAAAGACUGGAUCGAAUAAAUCAAGUCCUAAGAAAAUUAACCCUCGUGGAAAGAAGCAUCCACCAAAAAAAGAAAUAAUUGAAGAAACCAAUAAAGUAAAUGAAAAAGAAGAAAUUAAAACGGAACUGGGUGAAAGUGAUAAAAAGGAAGCUGCGACUAUAGAAACCAUUGUGCCACCAAUUGAAGACGAAUCCCCAAAACCAAAGGGAAAGCGUUCUAUUGGCCAAGCAGCAAAGAAUUUGAAGAAAAAAGAAAAUGAUGAAGUCUUAAACGAUUUAGAUAAGGAAUCUACCCCACAUUCCCCUAAAAAAUCAACCAACGCAAGACAGUCUCGUAAGAAAACAAAAACUGAAAUUAAUGAACAUAUUGGUGAAAACGAGACAGAAGAUAAUCAAGGCAGUCCCACUAGGAAUCAGAGACCAUCGCGUAAAACAAAAGAAGCAGCUACUAUUUAUAUGGGUAUAAUAGGACAUCGGUUGCAAAUGGCGGAGGACGAUGAUGACGAUAUUUCUUUAAGUAGUUUCGAUCGACCAAAUGUCCGCGAAAUGGAAAAAAUGGAAAAUGAACUUAAGCGAAAUACUACGACAGUAGGGAAAGGAUCUCCACCGCUAAAACAGUCGAAAUCAGCUGAUAUACCGCAGCCCACAGCUGCUCCAGUUUCAACUGUAGUUGCUGCAGAAACAAAGCCAUCAACAACAGGUCGUCGGGGUCGACCGCCUAAAAAUCCGAAAAUACAGCCACCUGUGCAGCCACCAAAACGAGAAAUCGAAGGGAUGCUCGUAAAGAAAGGCGCUAUUGCAAAAUUGACACAAUCUACCGAAAACUUAGCUGAGGUCAAAGACAGCAAAACAGAACCCUCAAAAGCAGGUACAGAGGAUGACGAAGACUUUCUCUUAAAUGAAGAACUUAACGAAACUAAACGUAAACUAGAAAAAAGCUUCAGUGAUUCAGAUGAUGAACCUUUGGCAAUAAAAGCGCACGUGAAAAGUGGAGAAAAAGAUGGGGAGGAUUCUCCAAAGUCUGCGGGCGUUGGUCAGUGCCUAUCACCAACAACUUUACCAACAGUAAAUCCUCCUGCUUCAAGUGGCGGGGGGUUAAUCAGUCUCUCUAUGCUACCAUUAACUACCAAAUCUAUUACCACCACAACUACCACACAUGCUCAACUAACUCCACCAUUAACACAAACAGCACCUGUAACAACAUGUGUGGCGCCGACUACGGCAUUAGCAACAUCUUCUACAAUUAGCGGUAUAAUGGGAACGACAAUUACUUCACCAAUAACAUGUAAUAUUCAGCCUCCAGCUCCAGUUACGCCUACAUCACAAUCACCAUUUAAAAGUAUUGAAAAGAAGUCGCCCAUACCAACAUCGAAGAUUUUAAAUGUGCCAGCAACAUAUGGCAUCCCUCCAGCGUCGCCCACAGGUAAUAUUGCAGCUGGUAUCAAUACAAAUUUUGGAAAAUCGCCCAUGUAUGUUCCACAAUCUCCAGUCCACUAUCAUUCAUCACACAUACGGCCAACUUCAAGUUUACCACAAUUUCCCGUGCAAUCUGUGAAGAAUCCCUCGCUUGUGGCACCUCCCUCAAACACUGUCACUUCUCAUCUGACAACUCCUCCAUCACAAAUGACUGCUCAGUCGCCAAUAAAAUAUCAAACUCCUCCAACUACAUAUCCACCACCAAUCGAGGCAUAUCCCUCGCCAAAAAUUAAUCCCAACUUUUUAACGCCUAAAUUUGAUCGCAAUACUCUAUCUCGUCCUGGAAAUAAUACUGGAAAUAAUAAUGCUUUUCCCUCACCUUCACCAGUGAAAUUUGAUAUGUCUGGUUCAAGCAGUGGUUUAUUAAAGAACUCGUCCCUUUCGGCUCCGAAUGUAGCAAUGAGUCCUAAAACGCUGAUAUCCAGCAACAUGAACUUUAUGGGAAAUAAUCCAGCAGCAUCAACAUCAGUUGCCGGCCAGGUGAGCAACGAUCCCUUGAAGGACGAAAUCGGUAGCAUACUUGCGGCUAAUUUAAUGCCAAGCAAAGAGGAAUCUGGAAAAAUAUUUGGUAUUGCGAGUGUGAGUUUGGCCCAAAGUUCUGGCCCCGAUAAUACAAAGUGUACAUUGGGAAAAUGCGGUUCAAUUCAUAAACCUGUCCUAGGUCCUGUAGUUCCAACCGAAAGUUAUAUUGGUGAUCAACUUUCUGGAAAAGAGAGGCGCAAAGCUAAAGUGAAUAUGACCCACGAACAAAUACACAAAUGGCUAAUUGAGUGUUCUUCGAAUCCUGAUGAAAUUCAAGACGAUCUUGAUGAUGAUUUUGAUUCAGAUUUAAGACCAAACAACUUCAGCUCUACACCGCCACCAACUCGUGAUGACAAGGAAAGCACUUCAUUUAGUUCUUCGUCAAAAGCCACUCGUGAUUUGGGUAAAAGUGAAAGUGCUUGGUCUGCUAAAGGACCUUCUCUCAAAGCCACCCCCGUUGUUGCGUCUACCAGUGCAAUUAAUAGUAGAAAGGAAGACAUUAAACCUAUUGAACCUACGAGUCCCCGAUUAGAUGAGGAGAUGGAGAAGACUUCCCCGGUAAUGAAUUUGAUAUUCGACAAAACGCCGGCCAACAAACAGUCGCCCGAUCCAGGAAGUGUAGAUGUGGACGAAAAACUUACACAAUCAGAUAAAUCCGAGAAAAAGAAUGAGAAAAAGGCUAAAGAAGAUAAACCUACCACCAAAACUUCAACAAACGAGACCAAACAGAGCAAAUCUGCUGAGAAGGAGACGGCUUCAACUACAACAAAUAAAUCCUUGACAGUUGCUAAACAAAAUUCUAACCAAAAAUCUUUGAAUCAAAAGAAAGCUCCACCAUCUCCGGUCACAACUCCGACAACGACAGCCACUUCUAAUAAACAAAAUCGUAAAAAGGCUGCGCCUGAGGUGGUCAUGGAGGAAAAGCCAACAAAUGUGAAUCAAAACGAUUCCGUAAAUCCUCCAGAAGUUGGGAAUACAAAUUCAACAUCAAACUCAAUUAAUCGUACUCCUAAGCGUACGCCGGUUUAUCAGCAGAAACAAACUCCAAAACAGCAGCAGCAACUUCAGCAGCAGGAAAACACGGACCUUAAAAUAUCAACAACUACAAGUCAUAAACGCGCGGCAACAACUUAUGGCACCGCAUUUUCUGUCGAGAAUGAAAAAUCAAUUUAUUCAUUCGAUAAAGACGAUGCAGAAGACCAGGAGAAAUCAAACAAACCUUCGACGUACAGACGACAGAGCAGAAAGGACUCGCAUGUCGAUAAUGGUAUUAAUACAACGCCAACUGCAGUGCAGCGUACUCCACCCACGAAACCAAAGCGAAAUGCUGCAGCUGUUGCUGAAAUUGCCAAUAAAGAAUUGGCGGGAGGUAAUUCUCAAACAAGUUCAGUUUCAUUGACUCUAAGUCCAUCGGAAAAAACAAAAUUGGUUAAAGUAAGCCUUGACGGUGAUAAAACUACAACAAAGACUACAAAGGGAGGAAAGGGUGGCAAGAAAAACAUUCAGAGUGAACCAAAGCCACCGGCUAAUGACGCUGAAUCAGAUUCAGGGGAUGGCCAUACAUUCUACAUACCAUUACAAGGCGUUGGUACUGGUGGUGAUGGUGACGGUGGAAUUCAGGGAGUGGCUGUUAAAUUGGGUCGUGAAGGUCCCGAUGGUCCCAAUCAAAAAGUUAUUAUGCAUGCUACGCUUGUGACUAAGGCUCAAAUGGGAUCGAACACUAAACCACUGCCAGAUACUAUGAACGUCUCAGAUAUCGUAAAAAACUUAAUGACGAGCGACAAGAAAGUAUCGGGUGCAUCUACUUCAGCCGCAGCAGCAGCGGCGACAAACUCAUGUUCGAAUAGUUUAAAAAAUGUACCAAUUGGAACUGUGCAACCACGAUUCAAAGGAGAUUCAGCUGCUCAAGGUCCAUCUACAUCUGCUGGCGGAGGUGGUGGCAGUGGUGCUUUACAACGUGUCAAUUCGAAUUCAUCUCUGUUUUCCGGCUCGGUUAAAUCGCGCAAUGCUGCAGCAGCUGCUGCUGCAGGUGCUUCUGGCAGCGGUACGGGUGCCCAUAGUUCGAAUAAAAAGUUUAAAGACGACACUCCCAUUAAAAUGGCUAAUAACACAGCCUUCCCUCGUCACGAUGACCCCACACAAAUGGUGGAAGCUCCUAUUUUCCGGCCCUCUGAGAAGGAGUUUGCAGAUCCUAUUGAGUUUAUAGAACGUAUUACGCCCAUUGCAGCUAGAUUUGGCAUCUGUAAGAUUAUACCACCAGCUUCCUUUAAACCUGAAUGUCGCAUAUCCGACGAAAUGCGCUUCACGGCCUAUAAUCAAUAUGUGCAUAAAUUAUUACACCGAUGGGGUCCUAGUGCAAAAGAGUUAAGUGCAAUUAAAAAGUACUUAGCCACUCAAAGUAUAGUGAUGAAUCAUCCACCCUGGAUAGGUGGUAUGGAAGUAGAUUUACCACGCCUUUAUCACACCGUCCAAGAGCUGGGUGGUCUGAAGGAGGUUAUUGAGAAGAAGAAAUGGGCCCGAGUUGCUGAGGAAAUGUGCAUUCCUAAACUGGCGCAGGAUCGCGUGACCAAAUUAGAUGACAUUUAUUGCAAAUACUUGCUUCCAUAUGAUACACUCUCGCCAGCCGAACGGCAAAAACUUUUUGAUGAAGUUGAAGCUGAUUGGGCGAAACGAGAAGCACGCGCCAGACGCAACGCGGAUCGCUUUGUUAACACUGAAAGCGUUUCCAAUGAAGAAGACGAUGUGUCAUCGGAGAAUGACGAAGAAGAGUCUGAAGAAGAAGUUGAUGGUGUAUCAAUGGAGUGUAUUGUUAAGGGGCGUAGUAUGCCAUUGAGUCAAUUUUAUCGUAUUGCACGGAAUACAAUGGCUCUCUGGUUUAAGAAUACUGAGCCCACCGUUAAUGAAGUUGAAGCAGAGUUUUGGCGCCAUGUGGCCGUUCGUGAUAGUCAUGUAUGUGUACAUUCCGGUUCAAUAGAUUCCUCUGGUUGGGGUUUCGGCUUUCCCAGUCCCGGACCGAAGGGCAAAGGAUCAAAUUAUGCCAGACACCCCUGGAAUCUAAAAGUGCUUACAAACAACACUGGCUCAGUGUUGCGUUCUUUGGGACCUGUCAUGGGUGUAACCGUACCAACGCUGCAUGUCGGAAUGCUUUUCUCGGCCUGUUGUUGGUAUCGCGACCCUCACGGUUUGUCGUGGAUUGAAUAUUUGCAUACCGGUGCCUCGAAGCUUUGGUACGGCAUACCAGACGAUCAAAGUGCUAACUUUAGGGCUGCUCUGACCUCACUCAUUCCUACUCACUGUCAAAAUAAAACCAUUUGGUUACCCUGUGAUACUGUUAUGGUACCUCCACAUAUGCUUACCGACCGUGGUGUGUCGCUCUGUCGUAUUGAACAGAAACCUGGAGAGUUCAUCGUAGUAUUUCCCCGAGCCUAUACAUCAAGUUUAGCAACUGGUUAUGUGGUAUCGGAGAGUGUCUAUUUCGCAACAUCGUCCUGGCUAGAUUUAGCUAAAGAUGACUUUAGAGAUAUCCAUGACAGCUGCGAACCUGCUAUGUUCUCAUUGGAACAAUUAUUGUUUGCCUUAGGUUAUGACCAACGUGUUACUCCUGAUACCUUACAACAGAUGCUACCAAUGCUAAAGGAGGUAUUUGAAAAAGAAACUGCUGCCAGAGAGCAACUUAAGGCUGCUGGUGUAACUUCAACGGAAAAAGUUUCGAAUGAAAAAAGUGGUAAAGGUAAAAAACAACAACAGCCUCCACAUAAAUCCAUUGAAAGCGAAUGUGAUCUUUGCCGUGCAAAUCUUUACAUUUCAAUGGUGCGCACUGAUGAAGGUAACGUUUACUGCCUUCAACAUGCUUUGAAAAAUCUCAAUAAUGGCAACAUACAAGCCAAACAAUGUAAGCUUAUUUAUGCCUAUAAUAUCGACGAUAUUGAGAACCUCAUUAAGAAUCUGAAAGAUAAAAUACAACAAAAACGUGCAGUAACUGCAUUGUGGACUUGUACAUCUGCUUUGGAAUUUCGCUUAGAUUAACUGUAAAAAUCUAACACAACAUACCCUUGUUCUUGUAAAUAAUGUAUUUCAAUGUAUGAAUACAAAUUAAA